AUGUCUGUAAAAUGCAUUUCAGUUCUGCUACUGUUACAGCUGAGCUGUUGCUUCAGAUCUGCGGACUGUGGAAAGGUGCUGGUGUGGCCUAUGGAGUACAGUCACUGGAUGAAUCUAAAUGUAAUUUUGGAUGAACUUGUCCGGAGAGGUCAUGAGGUGAUGGUUCUGAGAAACUCAGCUUCCAUUUUCCUUGAUCCUAGCAAAUAUACUGCCAUUCAAUUUGAAACGUUUCCUGUAUCUUUCACUAAGAAUGACCUGGAAGAUUUUUUCACACAAUGGGUCACUAAUUGGACAGAGACAGACAAGGACUCAUAUUGGAAAUAUCUCCUAGCACUACAAGACAUCCUUGCAGCUCAUUCUGACAUUUAUGAAUAUCUCUGUAAAGAAGCAGUUUUGAACAAGCAGCUGAUGGUGAAACUACAGGAAUCCAAGUUUGACAUCCUUCUUUCAGAUGCCAUUGGUCCAUGUGGUGAGCUGCUGGCUGAGCUGCUGCAAAUCCCCUUUGUGUACAGUCUCCGCUUCUCUCCUGCCUACACUAUGGAAAAGUACAGUGGAGGACUUACAGCACCUCCUUCAUAUGUGCCUUUGAUUCUGUCCGAUUUAAGUGGGAAAUUGACAUUCAUGGAGAGGGUAAAAAAUAUGCUGUCCAUGCUUUAUUUUGACUUUUGGUUCCAGACAUUUAAGGAGAAGAGAUGGGAUCAGUUGUGCAGUGAAGUACUAGGAAGACCUGUUAAAUUCUAUGACCUGGUGAAGAAAGCUGACAUGUGGCUCAUCCGAAGCUAUUGGGACUUGGAAUUUCCUCGCCCAACCUUACCAAAUGUACAAUUUGUUGGAGGGCUCCACUGCAAACCUGCCAAGCCUCUCCCCAAGGAGAUGGAAGACUUUGUGCAAAGCUCUGGAGAAGAGGGAGUUGUGGUGUUUUCUCCGGGUUCAAUGUUUGGUCAUGGGACAGAAGAGAGGGCCAAUGUGAUCGCAUCAGCCCUUGCCCAGCUUCCACAAAAGGUUCUUUGGAGGUUUGAUGGGAAGGAACCAAAAUCCCUAGGACCCAAUACUCGAAUCUUUAAGUGGAUCCCUCAGAAUGAUCUUCUUGGUCAUCCCAAAACCAGAGCGUUUGUAACUCAUGGUGGAGCCAAUGGCAUCUAUGAGGCAAUCCACCAUGGCAUCCCUAUGGUGGGCAUCCCUUUGUUUGGGGAGCAACCUGAUAACGUUGCCUACAUGACAGCCAAGGGAGCAGCUGUGAGACUGAACUGGAAAACCAUGUCAAGUGAAGAUUUGCUCAAUGCCUUGAAGACAGUCAUUAAUGACCCUUCCUAUAAAGAGAACGUUAUGACAUUAUCAAGAAUCCACCACGAUCAGCCCAUGAAGCCCCUGGAUCGAGCAGCCUUCUGGAUUGAGCAUGUCAUGCGCCACAAAGGAGCCAAACACCUUCGGGUUGCAGCUCACGAUCUCACCUGGUACCAGUACCACUCUCUGGAUGUGAUUGGGUUCCUGUUGGCCUGUGUGACAAUCAUUUCUUUCCUUGUCAUAAAAACGUGUCUGUUUAUUUGCCAAAAGUUUGUAGAUACAGGAAGGAAGAAAAAGCGAGAUUAG